AGAGGAACGGAGACAAAAUACUGAAGGCUUUAUUCCAGGACUUUGUGUUUGCGGAGAGGUUAGCUGUCUCAUGCCUUGUAUAGUUUCCCAGAUAUAAAGAAGCGUAAGACCUCCUGCUGCUGCUAUUUUUACUCCUGCACAUGCUCACAUUCAAGGUUAAUAGAGAGUGCAUGGACCUGUCUGAAUACAGGAAGUUGCAUCAUGAACGGCAGAGAGGUUGCCCUCUUCUGGACUUGGAUGGGUACUAAGUGUGUAGAUGUGCAUGUUUGUGUAUGUGUGUGUUUGUGUGUAAGAGAGGGCCUACAUGUUCUCUCACAGCUCCUCUCUACCCAUGAAGGGCAGACACGCAUAUGCGCUGACACAGUUUGUGUAUCGGGGUUUCGCAGCAAGGACAGGGGAGCCUGCUGCUGAAGAGGAAUAGAACUUAGCUCUCUGAUUUCAGCAAGUUGAACAGCAGAGGAUUCUGGAGAAGAUGACACAGACUGGCAGUCUCUCCCUCUCUCUUCACCGGCUGGAUUCACACAUAUCCAACAUCAUUCCAGAGUUCAUCUGAUUAGAUUUAGUGUCUGAGGUCUUCAAGUCCUUUCCUUUGUCACCUGCACAGUUGCUCUUGUGUGGACAAAGGCACUAUGGGAAACAUAGUCCAAUGCUGUCACACGCUGUCAAACUACUGUAAGUGUAAGGAUGCAGCGGUCCAGGGUGAGGCGGAAAGAUCCCCUCUGCUAUCCAGUGAUGAGAGUGAAUGUAAAUUGCUGAGUCUGUCCGACGACUCUGAGGACGAUAUGUUAACCGCCUCCAGCGGCAUGACAAACCCUGCCCUCGAACCAGAGCACUUCCUGUUUCCUGACAUCGUCUUAAGUAGCACACUGGGAGGGGAAGUGACUCUGGUGGAGCCAAUGGUGUGUCUGCUGGUGUCUGAGGAGGAAGAGGGAGUGAGGGUGGAUGAGCCAGGAGAUGAAGGACAAGAGAGGAGCAACAGGUGGAUAAACAGGGGGUUUUCUGAGGUGGAGACACAGACCGAAGUGGAUACACAAAUCGGUAUGGGGGUGCAGACUCAGACUGAGUCACAGGCAGAAGUUCAGGCAACAGAAAUACGUGUAUGCAAAAAUGAGACUGUAGCGAGUAAUGGAAACACACCAGUGAAUACUGGCAUUACAGAAGAGAUGGUUAUGGAUGUUUGGGAAGAACAUGAAAUACUGAGACAGGUGGAUGUGCUCUUGGAGGCACAAACAUCCCGAGAGAAACAAUCACAAAUUGUCACUAAAGUGAUGUCAGAGAAACAAAAGAAAAGGAUAGACUCUGGAACCUGGGCUGACAUGGAUAUCUUUGUUGAGGUGCCAAGGAAGGUGGGAAGACAAACAGAAGAAAACAAACUGGCCUUUGGAGAUAUAGACAAGGAAGCUAAGCAAGAGUGGAAAGAGAAUUACAUCCAUGAGGAAAUGACCUCCACUUCAACAAAGCAUAUAUUUCAAACAGAACAAAAUGCAGAGCUAAUAGAUAAGUUAAACACUGAUGAAGAAAAUGUCUUUAAGUUGCAACAGGAUACUGUUACUGCUCAGGAAAAUGCAGACUUCGCCUGGACAGAGUCGACACGGGAGAAUGUUAAAGACAAUCAACAAAACAGUAAUUCAGAGUCUGAGAAGGCGACUGAACACAUCAACAAUAUGGAUGAGAAGAUUGAGUCACAAAAGGACAUUCAGCUUACAAAAUACGGCAUCAAAAGCACUGGCAUUGUGGAUAGCUUUGACCCUGCUGAGUGUGGUGUAGACCUGACACAAAAGAGCGAUCCGGAUGAUAAAGAGAUGGGACAUGUGACUGUGGCAUCAGAUCAGAAUGUAAAUGAAAUGGGCUGUAACAUUAACCAUGGAAAAACAAACAAUCUGUCUGAGGACCUUACGGAUCAGUCAGAUGUGAAUACACAAUAUAUUCAUUGCCAGGACCCGGCAAAAAUGGAAGAGGAGGACAAAAAGAAAGCUCUGUCAAAUGUGGAGGAGGAAGAGGCUGAGAUGAAGAAAACCUUGUUCUUAAUUGACAGGCUGUUUCUGGCAGCACCACAUGUCAAAGCGCCUCCAGGUCAACUUGAAGAAAGCCCUGAGGAUGCACAGCAGUCUGAUGCUGAUAAAAGGAAUCUCAGCAUCAGUGACAUAGAUCUCCAAGAGACACACUUUACUGUCAAAAUUCAACCUCCUGGAACAGAAAGCUUUGAGUUUCAGGUGUCAGGCCAGAUGUUGGUGGAGGAGCUGCACCAGGUGCUGAUGGAGCACAAGAUCACCUGCCAUCGCACAUGCUUUUCCCUCCACCUGGGAGGCAUCAUGCUCGACAGCCUCACAGAGCUACGCUCUGUCCAGGGCAUCCAGGAUAGAGUGCAGAUCAAGGUGGUGGAAGAUUCUUACACAGUGCGUGAUGCUCGUCUUCAUCUCAGACAUGUUCGUGAUCUUCUGAGGAGCCUUGACCCCGCUGAUGCAUACAACGGAGUAAACUGCCGCUCACUCUCUUACCUGAUGUUUUACACCAGAGGAGACAAAGAUAGUGACAGGUUAGUGAACAGGGGAGCUUCUGAAAAGGAGUCCUUUGACUGCAGCCCUCCAGAAUACAUCCUCCCUGGAUGUAAGGACCGACCCCUUACUCCACUGCAGCCACUCAGAGAUGACUGGAAGCCAUUACAGUGUCUGCGGGUUCUGACCAUGAGCAGCUGGAAUCCACCUCCAGGAAACAGGAAGAUGCAUGGGGACUUAAUGUACAUCAAUGUCCUGACAAUGGAGAACAGAGAACUCAACAUAACAUCCUCUACACGCGGCUUCUACCUCAACCAGUCAACUGCCUUCAACUUCAACCCAAAACCUGCAGUCCCCAAAAUCCUUUGCCACUCUCUAGUUGAGCUGUUGAGUCAAGUCAGCCCUGCUUUCAGGAAAACCUUCAGUGUCCUGCAGAAGAAGAGAGUUCAACAACACCCUUUUGAGCGGAUUGCAGCACCUUUCCAGGUGUUCACCUGGAUUGCCCGUGACGGAGAUCACACCCUCGACUGUGUCAGAGAAGAGGAGACACACACCAGUCGCAUGGGCCAGGACGAGCACACAGCUGGGCAGAGUCGGGACUGGAAUGAGGAGCUGCAAGCAUGCAGGGAACUCACCAGAAACUCCCUACAGGAGCGCUUGCAGAGAGAGAGGAGCAUAUUCAAGACCAACAGUGACUUUGUAGCUGCUGCAACACAAGGGGCUGUAGCUGUUAUUGACGGUAAUGCCAUGCCGUUAAACCCAGGGGAGGCACCUCAUAUGCAGAUGUUCAUCUGGAACAACCUGUUCUUCAGCCUGGGGUUCGACAUAGCUGAGCACUACCGCCCACUAGGGGGCAACACUGCUGCUCAUGCUGCUGCCCUGUGUGACCUGACAGGAGCACAGGCAUACGCAUCUGUGGACAUAGAGGGGCUUCACACACUCGGAACAGCUGUGGUGGAUUAUCGGGGCAUCCGUGUUAUCGCUCAGACCAUUGUUCCUGGGAUACUGGAGAAAAAUCAAGAGCAGUGUGUUGUCUAUGGCUCUAAUGACUAUGGAAAAACUGUUUUUACACACCCCAGAUUUCUGAAGCUUCUGGAUAAAACGAGUAAACCGCUAAGAAUCCAACGUCACAAAGUGCUUGACCACAGCAACAGCCCAGUGGAGCUUUGCUCUGGCAUUGAGACCAAAGGCAUCCUGGGUAAUGACGGAAGACCCUACAUCUUGGACCUUCUCCGAACCUUCCCCCCCGACCGUAACUUCCAGUUCUCAGAGACAGAGGAGAGGAGGGAGGUGCCGAAAGAGUGUCGGAGCUUUGGUUACCCACGGCAACAUCAUCACAGCUUGGCCAGCCUGAGACCAGAGCUGAUAGAGGCCUUUGUCCAGCAUAGGUAUGAACUUUAUGUCAAGAUGGUGUCCCAGGGGCUCAUUCAGCCAGAAGAACAAGAUAAAUCCACGGAGAAGAGUGAAGAGGCGCUCUGUGAGCCGAGAACUGGAGAAACAGCCACAGCGGGUGCUGACAUGGAAAAUGUGAUUAGGAAAGCUUGUGAGGCUGUCGGAUCCGUGAGUGACUCCAACUUUGACAUCCGCUUCAAUCCUAAUGUUUGCUCUCCAGGCGUUCGUUUCUCUUCUGAGUGUGUUGAGGAGGUUCAGAGGCAGAGACAGUUGUUAUGGGACAUGGCUGCUUUUCUACUGUCCAAUCAGAUUGCAGCAGUGCUUAGGGAUUGUCUGAACCACACAGUAGUGCCAAUGGAUGGAGCGACCCUGACCUCAGUGCUGCACCAGAGAGGCGUGAACGUACGGUACCUGGGCACCUUACUGACUGAGCUGGACAGGGUGGAAGAGAGAGAGAAACUCAGCCACAUAAAGAGAAUUUCUAUCAGUGAAGUCAUCAUCAGAAGUGCAAAACACAUCUUUAGGACCUAUCUACAGGAUGUGGAACCUGCAGCUUUCUCAGCUGCUGUCAGUCACUUCCUAAACUGCUUCUUGAGCUCCUCCUCCUGUCUUACCGACUCCUCCUCAGAUGAGUUGCUCUCUCGCCGCAGGAGCAGACGGCGAAGGGGCCACGGGAGUAGAGUCAUCUUGUUGACAGACAGUGUGUGGGCUAGACUGACGCCCAGUGAGCUGUGGGGCCGGAUCAGGACUGAGGCUGGAGACUAUUACCACUACACAAUUGACAGUGAAAGUGUAGAUGAAGUAAUAGAAAAGCACAGCCUUCAGAGGAUCUCCUUACUGAGAGAGAUUGCCAUCAAGACGGGCAUACAGGUGCAGCUGAGGGAGUAUGUGUUUGAGUCUCGCCACAGGCCAGUGUUUGGCGAGGAAGAUGUCAUCAACAUGUUCCCUGUGGUCAAACAUCUCAAAUUUACAGCAACGGAUGCCACGCAACUUGUGCAACACGCACAGGUGGCAGUACAGCAGGGGCGACUCAAAGAUGGCUAUGAAUUGAUUAGCCAUGCCCUGACUCUGUUCAGCAGCGUAUGUGGGGUCCUGCAUGAGGACGUGUGCAUGUGCCUGCGUCUCCUGGGACAGAUCUGUUACAUCCUGGGGGAAUAUGCAGAUGCCCUCAGCCACCAGGAAAAGGUUGUCAUGACUUCUGAGAGAAUAAAAGGUAUAGAUCAUCCACAGACCAUACAAGAGUAUAUUUGCCUGGCCCUGUACUCCUUUGCUGGAGGCCGAUAUUCAACCUCCCUACAGCUGCUGUACCGCGCUCGGUACCUCACACUGCUUGUGAGUGGAGAGGACCAUCCACAAGUCGCAAACCUGGAUAGUAUGCUGGGACUAGUACUUCAUGGACUGAUGGAGUAUGAGCUUUCCUUGAAGUUCCUACAGAAUGCCUUAAUUUCAACCUCAAAAUACCACGGUGCCACAUCCCUAAAGCAUGCACACAGUCAUCAUCUGCUCGCCACUGUGUAUGAGAGCAAAGGAGAGUUUCGAUCAGCUCUUCAACACGAGAAAGAAGCGUAUUCAAUAUAUAAAAUCCAGACUGGGGAGAACCAUGAUAGUACAAAGGAAAGCUCAGAGUACCUGAAGAGCCUCACUCAGCAGGCUGUGAUCCUCCAGAAAGCCAUCAAUCAUAUCUACAGCAACACACCCAGUGCCUGUAUUCCACCUCCAAAGUUUUCCACACCCAGCCCUCUCACAAUCCUUCAGCAGCUCAACCUGACAUGUGGAAUCAUUCUCAUUCCCCUCAGUGCAAAAGAAAUUGCAGACCUGAGGACUGAAUUAAAGGGAAAGUAAAAUGUUUAAAUGGAAAAUAAAGACUUAAAAAAAACUUGAAAAGAACUGCAGACAACCACCUUGAACUAUGGACCAAAGGGAGAAAAUAUUACAAUAGAACAUCGGUGUAGUCAGCCAGACUCCUGAAAAUGACCAUAGACAAAGAGCAACUAUGGCAAAUGAAAGCCUGGAAAACGGCUGGUGUUAAUUAGCCUACUUAUGAAAACAACUAAAUAAGUUAGUAAGGAAAUUUGUGUUCGGGAGAUUAUUUCUGUGUUUUAACAAUGACUACUGGCAAUGCAUGUUACAUCAUUCAAAACCCUGAUCAUUUCCAUUUUAAAUGGUCAAACAUUUGCAAGGAACAUGCAUUUGUGGGAUUAGCAGCAAAACUGAGCAUGUGGGUUGUGCCCAGAAAAAUUUGCCAAAUCUUCACUGAGAGUGCCAAAAUGAUUUCUUUGUUGAUUCCUGUUUGGUGUUGAUUGGUAGAUUGGGUGAUUGAAGUCUGAAGUAACAAGACAUAUUGUCAAUUUCACAAUUUAUUCAUAUAACAAACAGGAGUGUCAGUAGCGUGUGGA